UAGCUAAUUCAAGAUCGUCUGGCGUACUGUAAGGUGACAUGUUUCCCCUCCAUUGUCAGACCAUAGGACUAGAAGGAAAAGUUUUUCAGUUUUGCUUGCAGGCUGCUUUGACUAUCAGUGGAUUACAAAAUCAAAGUAAUCUUGCCUAGAAGGCCAUUUUAUAAACCAUAGCCAGAACUUAAGGUACUACCUACUACCUAGUUAGGUAGGUAGCUAGCCUAGCUAGGUAGCCUACCUAGUACUAGGUAGCUACUAGUACUAGGUUGUAACUAGUAUAGUCAUUAGCUAUAAGGUAAGGUAGCCUAACUAGGUAGCUAGGUUGUAUGCCUAGCCUAAAACGCUUCAAAGCCUGAGGGUAGCUAGGUAAGGCAAAGAUAAUUUUGGUCCGAUUUUGGACAUAUGUUCCUAUUGGGAAGCUAGAGUUUUUGGUUGUGAAAAACAAAACUGGCAAAGUGAUAUAGGUUAGGGCCUAGGCAAGGAUACAGCCAUUCUUCUCCAGGAUUACAGGACUUCUACUAGGCUAGGUACCUCCGAAAGGAAGCCAAGUCUGUCGUUUCUGAUGCAUUAGUGUUACUACUUGGGGAGGUCCCGGCCAGGUCAGGGCACAGCACCUUCUUUGAGGUUAGUAAGGUAAAGACUGGUUAUGUCUGGCACUGGCAUUCUAGGAAAGGUUAGGUUUCUUUACGUCUUGGGAACCUAUUCCCGUCAUUCUACCACCCCCUGGCCUAACCUAACCGUCACUAAUACAAUCUUGCAUAGGGAACUGUGAGCUGGCUGUUGCCUGCCCUAGGCCAGUAGUGCAAUGAGUAAUAUAGAAGCAUUGUUUGUUACAUAACUGGUUAUCUUUUUACUCUUUGUUGCCAUCCCCUCUGGCUUCAGCCAGUUUGUGGAAAACAGGCCCCUCUGUUUAGUACCAUCUUCAUGGGGAUGAACUUGAAAGCAUAAACUAAGUACGUACUAGAUAUUAUUAUUAUAAAGAUAAACAUAAAGGCAGUUAUUAUUCUGGUUAGCAAUUGGCAGAAACCAGGUUACAGUAGUAAUCUUCAGUUUACCCUCAGCCCUCCUGCAGGCCUACCUUGACACUGGUAUUUCACAUUUGAAAUUACAUAACCUACCAAGUAUUCAUAUUUUACAUACUUUCACACAUUAAGAUGACAAUCUUUUGAUACUUGUGAGACUUAACCAAGUCCACACAUACCAAAUAAAAAAUUGCUGUGUUAUUUCUUUAAUUCUUUGCAAGUUCAUAAACAUGACUUAUGUUGCACCAUUUAUGAGACCCUGAGGAAACAUGGGAGGCCCAGUCCAUGGCUAAAUAAAGCCACAAUUCCAUAAAAUUGACUCUCCUACCACCACCUAGGAUAGGAGAUGCAACCUUGAAAGAAUAGUAUGCAAGUAGUUUCCAAGUACCAAGUAUGUCUGCAAAAGCAAGUUAUCCAUCACAGAGUGAGAAGAAGAAUAAUUUUGAUGAUUUUCCCAACUUAAAGGAAAUUCUGCCUCCUCAUUAUGAUUACUAUUUUGAAAGCUACGAAGAAUGUGAACCUUUUGAGGGAGAGAAACGUUUCACUGCAAGUUUCCGAAUUGGACAGGAUGCGGCAACAAAGGAUCAUGUGAAAGAGUGGAUUAACACAUUUUCUAGCCAUUCCCUGACCACGUACAGGAUAGACCGAACAUAUCCUGGUGAGACAACGUGGUAUGUCUAUAGGGUAGACUUAAGAUGCCACCGUAACACUAAACCAAAUAGUCACAAACGUGUAAAAACUCCUCAUAAAAAGAACACUGAUUGUCCAGCAAAAAUGAUCAUCAAGAUACGUCAGCCAAGGAUAAGCAGAAGGAGGAGACAUGAGACUCACCUGAAGAAAUAUCCUGUUGAAGUAAUUCUCUCUCACCAUCACAAUCACUCGGUAUUGAAGAACAACUCGUUGAAAUACAGAGAUCCAGAUGCUGGUGUGGUGGAUAAAUUUACCAAAAUGUACCGAGCUGGGUACAGACCAUCAGCUGCCCUUGAAAUCCAUAAAAGAGAUUUACAUUUAGAGCACGAAGAUCAUUUUGCUUCAGCUGUGGAAGAUCGGGGAUUGUGCCCUGAUAUAAAUUGGUGUUACAGACAGUUUGACUUAUUAUCUAAGGCAGUUAUUGAGAGAAAUACAUCAGACUCACAGAUACAGACUGUAUAUCAGUUUAUAUCUGAGUAUAAUGCAAAGUGUGGUAGUAAAUGUGCAGCAGUAAAGUCAUUUAAUGAUUCAAGUGGAAGUGUUGUUGUUGCUCUGCUGUCACCUCUGAUGAGGAGUGUACAUACAGAACUGAGUUGCAGUGCUAACAUUAUGUUGAUUGAAUCAUUUGCUGUUGAUUAUCUCCAUUGCAAAAUAUAUUUGCUAAUGACUCACAGUGGGUCAUUCAGAUUGCCUCUUGGUGCAUUAAUUACAACAUCAGACACUGAUGUUGAUCUGAAGAGAGCUCUAGAUUUAUAUGUUGAGUUGGUUCCUAGUCAAGGCUUUAGUGGACGAGGUCAGGCUGGUCCAAUUUUUAUUCUUAUAGAAGAUAAUGAUGUACAGCAGACUGCUGUGAAAGAAACUUUCCCUAAAUCUAAAGUGUUUUUGUCACCCUGUUUUAUCAUCCAGAAAGCUUGGGCUAUUUUAUGGGACACUGAGGUUAGCAGUGUGCAUAAUUGUCGGCUAGAGAUUUUUGAAAUGCUGAAAAAAGCAAUGUGUGCUGAAAGUAUAGUUGAUUUUGAAAAUUAUGUGGAAAAGAUCAGGUUAAUUGGAAAAGAGUUAACAGCAGUAAAAUUCUUCAAAUACUUAGAAGAUCUUUUUGUAAAAAAGCAUGAAUGGGCUGCUUGCUUUAUGACGAGCUCGGAGAACUUUCCCAGCAGUAGCUUCAAACUUAAGGAUUGCCUUGCAAGUGUACAUGACCAAUUUAUUUCAACAAAUAAAUCUUGCACAAUGGUAGAGCUAUUACAGUUUUUGGUGGAUGACAUGGAACAGUUUUACAAGCAGAAAUUAUGCAGAAUUGUUGAUGGACACCAUGGUGAUAUUCUGUCAUUAUUGUACAACAAAAAUAGGAGGGUACCUGAUGAAUUAGAAAUUGUUCCGUAUUUUAAGGUAAAAAAUGUAUCUAAUGGACAGUAUUAUGAUGUGGACAUGGAAGCAGGUCUGUGCUCUUGCUCCUCUGGUAAGACUGGUAGGACAUGUCAGCAUCAAUAUACAAUUAUUCAGAAUGUAAAUUUUGGACCUGUUAUUCAAAGACAGUGUAGGGGUGUUGCAAAUGAAGAAUUGAAAGGGUUAAUGGAGAGUUUGCAUAACUGUCUUGAGAAUGUUGAUGGUCCUGUAAAAAAUGUUGAUGCUGAAGGUGGAACAGACUCUGUAAGAUGUUCAGUGAAAGGUGAAAAUGGAGAACAGCGACAGUGUAUAUUUGAAGAAAUGGAAGAAAGUAAAACAAAUUCUUGUAAGGUUGGACGCAUUGUGAGCAGUGGAAUUUCAAUGGGUAGCAUGAAACAAAACAUUCCAUCGUCAUCAGUAGUUAAAAGUUUACAAAGUGACAGUGAUAUUAUGUGCAGGAUAAACAAAGGUAGGAAUGACUUUCCUGAUUCCACAUUAAGAAAUGACUAUCCUUGCCAUAUAUGUGGAAAGAUUAUGCAGACUCCAGCACAAUUAAGAAGGCACCAGAAAUUACAUAGCCAUAACAAGCCCUUUGCCUGUGAUAUUUGUGGUCUGGGCUAUUUAUCCAAAGAUUGUCUCAAAAAUCAUUAUUCUAGAAAUCACAGCUUUAAAAACAAAUUUGAAUGUAAAAUAUGUGGGAGAAAAUUCCAGCAAUUGGGAACCAUUGCUCGUCACAGAAAAAAGCACAAAUCAAAUCUGUUUGAGUGUUCAUUUUGUAGUGAAUUAUUUCCCUUGAAUGAUGGUCUAAGGAAACACAUGAAGGAAGUCCACAAAGGAGAGCCACCAAGUAUAGUCUUAGAAGAAGUAAAAAAUCAGGUGUUGUCUACUUUGCACAUCCCAAGACAAGAUGUUACAGAAAUUAUUAUCACUGAGACUGAGGGGCAAUUUCCUAUUCAUACCAAAAGUAGUGUUUAAAAUGUGCAUGCUAAAAAUAACAGAAUAUGUGGAACUUAUUUGGUUGUAAUGAACUUAAUUUUCAAGUCCUCUGGUGAUAUUUUUAACUGGAAAAAUUGUGAAUACAGAAUUUGGUUGUAAUCUGUCUGUUUUUUAUAUGGCUUUUUGUAUGGGCAGUAACAUUAGCUGUAUUUUACAGCAGUAAGUAUUCCAAUUUUAGGACUGUGUAAAAUGUAGACUAUUUCCUGUAAAUAUUGUUUAAAACAUCUUUUACUUUUGAUUAAUUAAAUACGUACUUAAAAGUAGAGAAA